UACUCCCCGUCGCCACAAACUUCGUUUCAUUAUUGACACGUCAAACACACCACCCAUUCCUUCCAGGCGUAUCUGGUUCGACUUUCACUUCCCCUACUAGGCUACUCCCUCAUUCCCCACAUCUGGUGAUGUCUCUGUCAGUUGCUCACGACUACUCCCGAGCCGUGUCGUUCAACAACGUCAGUGAUGAGUACCUUGGCCUUGAAGAAUCUCACCCCAGCAUCGACUUCAAAGACAUCAACUUCGGGUAUGGCUCAUCUCUCAUGAGUGACAUUUCCGCCUCGUACUACAACGUGGAGGGUAGCACCAAUAACUACACCCUAAAACCUCCCAUUGACUACAAAAAACGUAAACUGCUGUUCCUGCUGACCUCAUCCACCCCUCGCAAGCUGAUAUUGAAGAACAAGUUGAGCCCCCAACAGCUUCAGUAUAAUCUCAAAAAUAGCAAGAGUUUUGGUAUCAACUACCACGAGAAUUUGGACGACUUGAUCAAACACUACGAACCCGAUGAUCAGCCGGUCGACGACACCAGCAACUCGACGUACGGGUCGAAGCUCAAGAAUUCCACCACCACCGGCGCCGCCAAGACCCGCCGGAAAAGCUAUAGCGACAUGACCCCUGAGGAGUUGAUCGCUCUCGACCCACAGUUCCAAACCACCAAAUCCAAAAUCGACCAGUUUAAGUUUGACUCCCAGAAAACAUACUACCUCUCGGAGCGAAAGCUGGUGGUGGUGCCCAAGCUCGAAUCCCAUCGGUUGAAGCCCAGUUCCAACUAUAAAAGUGUCAACUUAAACUACAAGCACGAUCACUUUCGACUUCAGCGCACGAUCUUGACCCUCGUCGAUGGCACCACCCACACUAUGGGGUCGCUCGUGUGGAUGCUCCAGUCGAACUUUCUCAGCGACGGCGACCACGUGAUCAUCGGCCUGUUGUUGCCAACCUCUGCUGCUGACGACUCGCUGCUGAUCUUCAAAAAGUGCGAGCAGCUCAUCUCCAGCUUCUUGCAACAGCUCAAACCCGACUUGGUGUUGAAGGUCACAGUCGACUACGUGAUCAACGAACCCAUCCAAGGAGCCACCACCAAGAAGGACAAGGAUGUGUUGAACUACAAGGUGUUUAUCAAUAAUUUGUUCAACCAGUAUACCCCCAACUUGCUCGUAUUUGGUAACAAGUGCACCAACCCCAAUUUCAAGUAUCCGAUGAAAUUGAAGAAUAAGAACAACAAGGACAAGUACCUCAUCAAGUUUCUGAGUUAUUUGAUCAAAUACUCGACGAUCCCGGUGAUCUUGGUCAACUCCCAUGUCCGAGUAUCCAAGCCUCGCAAGCACUCGCUCGGUUCAACUGCCAGUAUUGGCAGCAGCCAGUCAUCCAUCGAAUCGGUGUCCGUCAAGCUAGAAGACAUCAACAAUGAUAUGGACCGGUUCGAGGAGAUGAUGAGGCGGGUCAGUGACAAGUCUUUUACUGAAGCCACCGAGUACAUGAACAUGGUACAACAGCAGGAGUCCCAACAAGACAACUUGACCGUACCUCAGAUCAAAAUCUCUGAUAAUAAAGUGUCUUUCAAUGAUAAUGUGCGAUUCAACAAGGUCCACAAUAUCUACAACAGCCAGUUUCACCGGCAAAGCGCAGGAAGUGCUGAAAUGUACAAGGUCAAGUCAUUGUUGGACAACAGCUCCGAUUCUAUCAGUGUGACGAAAUCGUCCAAGAGCGAAGAGAUUCCUACGAGCGGGUUGACCAUUAAGAAAAUCAAGAAUGGAUUGAAGAAAGAACCCGUUAAACAGGAGAAGAAGAAGUCUUUCUGGAAAAAGAUAUUUUAAGAAUAUGUUUUUAUUAAUGUGAUUAUGAAUUAAAAAUAACGAAAUGCAGUCCGGAGAAUAAUGAAUGCAAGUGGGAGCAAUCGCCCAGUACAUCUCGGAUGCAGUUACCAUGAAUAAUAAAAUUAUUGACGAUGUAAACUCGUAGACCCCGACCCACCCGGCCCGCGUGGUACAUGGACAAUUUAGACGAUGCAUGAAUAGGAGCUCAUUGCCAAUUUUUCGUGAGGUGCUUCAAACAAUAAUGGAGCUGAGUGAAAAAUAAUGUUGACGGAGGAUGUGCUAUUUAUUGUUGGGUCUUCACCGAAUUGUAUGAAUAGACGAGACAAGUGAUACAAGAAGGUGUUCGCAGGUGAUUGGAAUGCCGGAGACUGGUGGUGCUCGCAGGAGAUUUUGGCGCUAUUUUAUUUCGCAGUAAUUUCACGUAUACAAGGCUCAGCAACAAUCAAGUGCAAAACCACCCUAACAAAAGUUGAUGCUUACUGGUUGAGUUUUUCACAUCGGCCAGAACUGACCGGGAAAUGGGGAAAAAUUGUAGUUUGCAUUUGUUGCUUGUCCGUAAUGGUAACCUUAAAACGCACUGCUAGACGGGCCGCGGGUGCGGAGCUCACACAACUUAUGUUAUUCCCCUGGUGUCUACCAGACGGAGAGACUCGUCCGACAACCAUGGGUAUACGAGCAGACUUGUAUGGGUGUAUGGGGCCAACUACAUUUGGUGUGAGGUUGGCGACUGUUUGGAAAAAACACCGCGC